UUCAUGCGGAGAACAGGCAGGGAGGGUGCGCGAAAGAGGCCGCCGGCGGCCCCUGCAGUGCACGACGAUGGAUUUCGGCCGCCUCUUUUGGCACGGAGGACGCGGCCGAGCGUGAUUAGCCGCCGACGAGCCCAGGUUGGUCAGUCGAAAGAAGAGUGAGGGGCGCGAAUAUCGCGUUGCGUGGGUUGGGCAAGCAAGUGGCUGGCGCGCCGCUCCUGGAAGGGCUUUUGUUUUGGUCGGCGAAUCGUUGACCUACAUUUGACCUUGGGCGACCGCGCCGUUCGCAGCUCCCUCGUCGGGUCUGCCUGUCUGCAAGAAGACGACACCUCGACCGCAAGCACAUUGAACGAGAGGUCACCAUGUCAGAGCUGGAAGGGAGGUCUGAACCGAGCCACCCCCAAGAGCUGCAAGGAAUCCUCGCGAUGACCCUGGGCACUCAGCGAAGUAGCGUCGUCCAACAGUACGGAGGCCAGGUCAGGGUACUCACCCUGAACUAUGGAGAACACCUUGACUCUGCGCUUUUCCGCCUCAAGAAAGGAUGGACCCUGCAGUUCCGUUUGGGCCCGUCCUUGUUGGGAAAAGAUGUCAAAAUUUUCUGCAACCACCCGGAAACACCGGAGGGAGAAAUUUUUGACCGUCGUCGCUACCGCGGCCUAGCUUGGCGCAGGGACGGAGGACCUGCCGAUGACACUUCAUUCUACACCGAAAUCAAUAUUGUCAGGGCGGGUUCCUUCCACUUUUACUUCACCUGCGACGAGAACAAUUCGUACGAUUUUGCCAUGAAUGAUGGUUAUUACACCGAGGGCUACUACUCAGAGGGCUACACUGGCAAGAACAAAAGACCGGACGGAUCAGGAUUCUUCCUGGUCGAGCCUGAUUUGUUUUACGGCAGAGGCGACAUUUUGCCUCUGGACUGCGUCCAAUGCCAAACCGUCCUUGCCAAAUGCCUGGGCCCUUUCCAUUCUUGGGAGAAGAAACUUGCAGUCACUAGGGAGAGUGGCUAUAAUAUGAUCCACUUCACCCCAGUUCAGUCUUUAGGAAUAUCCAACUCGUCCUAUAGCCUGAAAGACCAGCUGCGACUGAACCCAAUGUUCAGCGAGCACGGGGACCACAUCACCAUGGAUCAUAUUGAAAAGCUGACCCACAAAAUGGCAACAGAGUGGAAGGUUUUAAGUCUUUGUGACGUUGUCCUCAAUCACACCGCAAACGAGAGUGCCUGGCUGAAAGACCACCCUGAGUGCACUUACAACAUGGACAAUUCACCACACCUGCGUCCGGCCUUCCUGCUGGACGCCAUCCUGGCUCGCUUUGCUUUCGAGAUCUCGCAGGGCAAAUGGCAGCACUCUGGUGUUCCGAAAUUGAUCUGCAUUGAAGACCAUUUGCAGGCCAUGAGAGGAAUUCUCUUGGGACAACUGUUGCCCCAGGCAAAGUUGUGGGAAAUGUACACGGUGGACGUUGAGUCCACGCUGUCCCAUUUCGCUCGUUUGGCCAGGGAAAGGGGUCCAUUGAAGCAGGGCCACGGCGAGUUGACCAUCCAGCAGGACCCUCAGUUCCGCCGAAACCAUUCUAAGGUGGACAUGGAGCAGGCGUUGAGCCUCUUCAACAUCCAGAGGAAGGACUGCUAUGACGAAGCACAUCGCGUCCAGCGCUGCACAGACGACCUGCGCGAAUAUCUUGAAACGCUGAAUCGCCAGGUCACUGACACUCUGCAGAGCCACUUGGUUGCUGCCGUCGACAAUUGCCUCGCGGGAAUUCGCUACUUCCGCGUCCAGACUGACGGACCGCGCCUCAAGGACAUCACCCCCAAGGAUCCCCUGAUCCCCAGGUAUUUCACUUUCACCGGAAAUCAUGAUGCUCACCUCGAAAACGUCGAGCGCAUCAUGUAUGGAAAUGGUGGCCGCUACAUCAUGGCCCACAAUGGUUGGGUGAUGAACGCCGACCCCCUGAGGAACUUUGCCGACGCAGAUUCGAACGUCUAUCUGCGCCGCGAGCUCAUCGCCUGGGGUGACAGCGUCAAGUUGAGGUAUGGCGAAAAGCCAGAAGACUGCCCAUUCCUGUGGCAGCACAUGCGGGAAUAUGUGGAGCAGACUGCCAGGACUUUCCACGGAAUUCGAUUGGACAACUGCCACUCCACACCAAUACCCGUCGCAGAGUACCUUUUGGAUGCAGCGAGACGCAUUCGUCCAGACCUUUACGUUGUUGCUGAACUUUUCACCAACUCUGAUGAGAAAGACAAUAUUUUCAUCAACCGUCUUGGCAUCACAUCACUCAUCAGAGAGGCUAUGUCAGCAUGGGACUCUCACGAGGAGGGCCGUUUGGUGUACCGAUAUGGCGGAGAACCAGUUGGAGCCUUCAUGCAGCCACACAUAAGGCCACUGGUUCCCAGCAUUGCCCACGCACUUUUCCUUGACGUGACCCACGACAACCCCAGCCCUGUGCAAACCAGGAGCGUUUACGACCUGCUACCCAGCUCUGCCUUGGUGAACAUGGCGUGCUGCGCCAGCGGCAGCAAUAGGGGUUACGACGAGCUUGUUCCUCAUGACAUACAUGUUGUGGACGAGACUCGUCAUUACACCGAGUGGGCCGAAAAUGUAAAUGCCAAUGGAAAUCACACUGUGGGCAUGCACAGUGGUAUCAUCGCAGCCAAAAGAGCUCUCAACAAGCUCCACUUUGAGCUGGGAAUAUCAGGAUUCAGUCAGGUUUUCGUCGAUCAAGUGGAUUCUGAUGUAGUGGCUGUGACUCGUCACUGCCCUACUACCCAUCAAUCAGUUGUACUUGUUGCUUGCACUGCCUUCAAGCAGCCAGAGCCCUUCUACAAGCGCAAUCACACCAGGCCUUUGCGCGUGGAAGGCGUUGUCGAUGAGAUCAUCAUGGAGGCCAGUCUGUGCCACAGAGAUUCCAAAUCUGGUGGUGCUUGGUUUGUGCCUCCGCCAACCAACUUCCGCAGAGACGGUCGCUUCAUCAAUGGCCUCAGCGAUUACAAGCUCAAGCUGAGGGAGCAUUUCCCACUUUCGCAGGCUGAGUCUGUAAGAAAGGGAGAAUCGGGUGAUCCUCAGGUCACGCAGAUCGACUUCACCGAGGAUUUCCAGCCUGGCAGCGUCAUCGCAUUCAAGGUUUCUCUGCAUUUUAACAUGGCUCCGGCCAUUGCACAUCUUGGACGACUUGUUGAACGCUUCAGUUUGAGAUCUGUCAAUGACAUGUCUUCAGUCGACCACGACUUUGACAGAAUUGUCUCCAAACUUGAUUUGGCUGACUUAAACCGCGCUCUCUUCCAUUGUGAAGAGGAAGAGAGGGAUGAAGGUCAUGGCUUUGGUGCCUAUAAUAUUCCAGGCUUUGGAUCUACAGUUUACUGCGGUCUUCAAGGAUUUAUUUCACUGCUUAGUGAAAUACGGCAGAAGAACGACUUGGGUCAUCCUCUAUGUGGCAACUUGAGGGCUGGCAAUUGGAUGAUUGAUUAUAUCAGCCAACGAUUGAAGCUUGACCCAGGAACUGAGGAGCUAGGCAGGUGGUUCGAAGAUAACCUUCGGCACCUCAAGGAACUGCCUCGCUACCUGAUUCCAAGCUAUUUUGAUGCUACUCUGCAAGGUGUCUACCAGGCACUCCUUCAGCGUGUUUGGAACUGCAUGUCCAGCUUCGUCCAGCUAGGCUCGCACUUUGUUAAGAACCUUGCACUUGGCUCUGUGCAAUGCGGUGGCAUUGUGAAAUCAGCCCAGCUGCCAAGGCUCUCACCAGCACUUCCGCCUCCAUUACCACCAACAAGACUCGGACAAAAUGGUUUGACGGAGCAGAUAUUCCUUACCCUAUCUGCUGGCCUUCCUCACUUCUCGACCGGUUACAUGCGUAACUGGGGACGGGACACUUUCAUAUCCCUCAGGGGACUGUUCAUUCUCACUGGACGAUACCAGGAGGCCAGAUACCACAUCCUGGCCUAUGCUGCUUGUCUCCGCCACGGCUUGAUACCAAAUCUCUUGGACGGAGGCAAAAAUGCUCGGUUCAAUUGCAGAGAUGCAGUUUGGUGGUGGCUUUACUCGAUCCAGAGCUACGUUCAGGAGGUGCCAGAUGGCUGGCGCAUUUUCCAGGACCCUGUGUCCCGACUCUUCCCUAGAGACGAUUCGCCUGCACUUGAACCCGGUGCACAUGAUCAACCUCUGCAAGAUAUAAUUCAAGAGGCGCUGAGAGUGCACUUCCAGGGACUCAAAUUCCGAGAGCGAAACGCUGGCUCUAAAAUUGACGCUCACAUGGUUGACCAAGGCUUCAACAAUGAGGUUGGCGUUGACUGCGAAACUGGCUUUGUUUACGGAGGCAAUGGGCAAAACUGCGGCACUUGGAUGGACAAAAUGGGCUCCAGCGAAAAGGCUGGCACCAAGGGCCGUCCUGCAACUCCUCGAGAUGGCAGUGCUGUGGAGCUGGUUGGUCUAUGCAAGUCUGCUCUCAAGUUCUUGAACCACUUAUACUCUUUGGGCAGAUAUCCUCACAACUCUGUAGAGCGUAGAAACAAUGAUGGAAGUUACACAACUUGGACCUUCCAGGAAUGGGAAGAUAAAAUUGUUCACCACUUUGAGCGCAAGUUCUGGAUCAACUGGACUCCCAUUCCUGAGAAUGAGCCUCAACCUGAGCUGAUUAACCGCCGUGGAAUCUACAAGGAUUCCCACAAUGCUAGCCAAGCUUGGGCCGACUAUCAGCUUCGUCCCAACUUCACCGUUGCUAUGGUUGCUGCACCCGACAUGUUCGACCCACACCACGCCUGGUCUGCGCUGGGAGAAGUUGAAAAGAUUCUGCUUGGUCCUCUCGGCAUGAAGACCCUUGACCCAAGUGACUGGGCUUACUGUGGCGACUACAACAACUGUGAUGAUGGAAAUGACUCCAAAACAGCACAAGGAUUCAACUAUCACCAAGGACCUGAAUGGGUUUGGCCAGUUGGCUUCUUCUUGCGUGCCCGCCUACACUUCUCCCGAAUCGUCGGAGGCGAAGCUGAGCUACGCCGCACAAUGUCUGCCACUAAGGCUUAUCUUUCUCGUCACUUCACAGAGGUAACACAGUCACCCUGGCGAGGACUACCUGAAUUGACCAAUAAAGAUGGAAGAUACUGCUCGGACAGUUGUCGCAUCCAGGCUUGGAGCAUGGCAACUAUCCUCGAGGUGUUGAACCAAAUGACUCAGCUUGAGGAAGAGCUCGGAUACAACCACAACUGACUUGCGCCUCACCCCUCUCUCGACCCUCGUCAUGUAGUAUUUAGCGACCAAUAUCUCUCUUGGAACCGUCCCGUGCCACUGAACCCGCUGAUCCUCAAUCCCCUCGCCCUAACGCCUCGGAUGUCGCCGUGCCUGCGCCGGACCGGCUCCAUCCGGGGUUACAAGAGGAGCAGCCCACCCACCCCCAGAGAGAGGGGUGACCACCGUAGGGCCCCUCAUUCCGAAGACGUAGAGGCCGCCGAGGUCCCCCUGGUGCGCGGCAGGCCCACCGCCAACAGGAGGAAGAGGAAGAAGAACCCCGAGUACAACAGGCUCGAGCAGAAGCAGAUCGCGCGCAUUAUGGUCUCCUACACCCUCGGCUUUUUUAUCCUUGCCAUAUUCGCAUUCUACGUCUUUUACUUUAUCUAUUGAAAUGCCAGGGGUUUUGAAACUGUUGUUGCCAAAAUCAUUUUUUCGGUUUACAUUCAGGCCGUUCUGUUGGAAAUUUUUAAGCAAAAUUUUGUUUCGAACUCAGUAGUCGUCUCACGUUGCGGCUGUUGGAAAAAGUAGCGCCGCAAUUUGAGAAUAGUCAAAGGGAAAAACAUAAUCAAAUAAAAAAAUGACUUAUUGUUAUAAUAAUUGAAACGAAUUGAAUUUUGUAGAAUAUUUUCAUAGUUAUGUAUCAGUACUAUCAGUAAAGCAGCUGGAAAAUACAUUAUAAUCAGUUGUCUGUCACUAAAACUUUUAGAUAUGACUUAAAUUAAAUUUAUAUUCUUUAAGUCCCCCUUCUUUAAUCUAUACGCAAAAUAGCUCCGGUAGUUGUUAGCUCCAACUACCUCUCUCACACUACUUGUCCAUGUGUAGGCGCUUUUCAUUGAAAUCUUCUCUCGAAAUGCUGGCAUUUUUGCGCCUUGCUUGACGCACAUGUUAGAAAUGGAAUUUUUCUUCAUUGACUCAGUAUGUUGUUAUAGAUUCUGAGAUAUAUAUGUUAUCCGUUCGAUUGUGCCAUGGUUUUGUUGAAAAUAAAGCAAUAUGUGCCGUUUUUGAGCAGAUUGUCAAACACGCAGCAGUUUUUUAAUAAAAAAAAAACUCACUCGAAAGAGGUUGUUCUUAAUAUAGUGAAUUUUGGUAACUCGCCUAAUAUAAUAAUAUUAAAUUACACCCAAGAUAUCGAAAAAUAUAAAGCUUCGUUAUUUUUGGUCCAAAAAAGUUAAUAGUGAGGUUUGUUUAAAUAUGCAGAUAUAUAGAAUUUUUAUAAAA